ACGUCCGGCCCCUGUGUCUGCGCUGUAAGAUGGCGGCCGCCAGCCCCGACCCACCGACGCUGAACGGGCCGGAGGAGUUGAUGGAUCCGGCAGGGGACGAGGCGGAGACUCUCAGCGUCUCGGAGGAGGUCUGGAACAUCAAGCAGAUGAUCAAACUAACUCAGGAGCACAUUGAAGCCCUGUUGGACAAGUUUGGAGGGGAUCAUAACCCACCUUCAAUCUACCUAGAGGCUUAUGAAGAGUAUACAAGCAAGCUGGAUGCACUGCAGCAGCGCGAACAGCAGUUGUUGGAGUCCAUAGGCAAUGGCACGGAGUUCACAAACACUAAUGCCACCAACACUGACUUGAUGGAGCCCUGCACUCACCUUUCUGUCACUCGGAACUCUGCAAGCCUGUUACAGAACCCAAAUGACAGUUCGAGGGCCAACCCCAAAUCACCUCAGAAACCCAUUGUUCGAGUCUUCCUGCCCAACAAGCAGAGGACAGUGGUUCCAGCACGAUGUGGGGUGACGGUGAGAGACAGCCUGAAGAAAGCUCUGAUGAUGAGGGGAUUGACGGCAGACUGCUGUGCAGUCUACAGAACACAGGAUGGGGAGAAAAAGCCAAUUGGAUGGGACACAGAUAUGUCCUGGUUAACAGGGGAGGAGCUGCAGGUGGAAGUACUGGAGCACGUACCACUAACCACACACAACUUUGUUCGAAAGACCUUUUUCACACUGGCGUUCUGUGACUUUUGUCGUAAACUGCUGUUUCAGGGUUUUCGUUGUCAGACAUGUGGGUACAAGUUCCACCAACGCUGUAGCACUGAGGUCCCCCUCAUGUGUGUGAACAUUGACCAACUAGAUUUGCUAAUUCUUUCACGAAUCUAUGAGAACCAUCCGAUUCCCCAAGAAGAUGUAUCAUCCAUAGGAACACCAACUGGCUCAGGGAUGUAUCCGUCAGUUCCACCCUCUGAAUCCACAGGGUCUCUUUCUCAUCCCGCCACUUCCCCAACGAAAUCAAUUCCAAUCCCACAGCCCUUCAGAUCCGGGGAGGAAGAUCAACGGAAUCAGUUUGGUCAAAGGGACCGCUCAUCCUCUGCUCCAAAUGUACAUCUCAACACAAUCGAACAGGUCAAUAUUGAUGGUCUGAUCCGAGACCAAGAUCUACAGCGCAGUGAUGGAGCCCCCUUGACGCAGCCGGUCAGGUGCCUCAGGAAGUACCGGUCCCGGACUCCCAGCCCUUUGUUGCAAUCUUACCCCAAUGACAUUGUCUUUGAUUUUGAGCCUGGUCCCGUAUUCAGAGGUGCCUUGUUCAAUUCUGAAGCCAACAGACUUCCAGGCUGGUUGAAUUUGAACUCCGGAUCCACAUCAGGGCUUUCUGCCACCCCUCCUGCUUCGCUACCUGGAUCCCUGACCAGUGUCAAAACAUUGCAGAAGUCUCCUGGUACACAGCCUCGUGAGAGGAAGUCGUCAUCGUCUGAAGACCGGAAUAAAAUGAAAACUAUAGGCCGAAGGGACUCCAGUGACGACUGGGAGAUAUCAAAUGGACAGAUCACGCAGGGCCAAAGGAUAGGAUCAGGCUCGUUUGGAACAGUAUAUAAAGGAAAAUGGCAUGGUGAUGUUGCAGUGAAGAUGCUGAAUGUUACUGCUCCAACACCUCAACAGCUACAAGCUUUUAAAAAUGAAGUAGGAGUUCUCAGAAAAACUCGACAUGUGAACAUCCUUUUAUUCAUGGGUUACACGACGAGUCCACAGCUUGCCAUCGUGACGCAGUGGUGUGAGGGUUCCAGUCUGUACCACCACCUUCACAUCAUCGAGACCAAGUUUGAGAUGAUUAAGCUAAUCGAUAUUGCCCGGCAGACUGCACAGGGCAUGGACUACCUGCAUGCAAAAUCCAUUAUUCACAGAGAUCUGAAGAGUAAUAAUAUUUUUCUACAUGAAGAUCUAACAGUCAAGAUUGGGGACUUUGGACUAGCAACAGUGAAAUCCCGUUGGAGUGGUUCACAUCAAUUUGAACAGCUGUCUGGUUCUGUCCUUUGGAUGGCCCCUGAGGUGAUCCGAAUGCAAGAUAAGAACCCCUACAGUUUCCAGUCUGAUGUCUAUGCCUUUGGGGUGGUUCUAUAUGAGUUAAUGAGUGGACAGUUACCAUAUUCAAACAUUAAUAACCGUGAUCAGAUAAUCUUCAUGGUUGGCAGAGGUUACCUCACCCCUGACCUCAGCAAGGUGCGCAAUAACUGCCCAAAGGCAAUGAAGCGGUUAAUGGCAGAUUGUCUGAAAAAGAAGAGGGAUGAGAGGCCCCUCUUCCCUCAGAUUCUUGCUUCUAUUGAGCUGCUGGCCAGGUCUUUGCCAAAGAUUCAUCGCAGUGCAUCAGAGCCUUCGCUCAACCGUGCUGGCUUCCAGACAGAGGACUUCAGCCUGUACACCUGCGCUUCCCCAAAGACACCCAUCCAGGCCGGAGGAUAUGGAGAGUUCACUGCAUUCAAAUAGAUGGAUCAUCACCACCACCAUCGAAGCAGGUGUCUGCCAUCACGUUGUGUGUCCUUCCGGUUGUUCUGGGGUUUAAUCUGCAAAACUGAAACUACAGCUGCUGAGGGAGCUGCCUGAGCCACAUUGUACCAUUUUGAAGAUGCAUCCCGCCGUCGGUUUCUGCCAAGUUGUAGUUUUGAAAUUGCUUCACUCAGAAAGUGAGCUCCCUUUUAACCAGUGAUAGGAGCUGAAAGCGUUGAUUGUCUCCCUUGGGGAUUAACAAAACAGCUUCUUCAGACACUGCUGGUGCAGCUGUUGUGGUGAGAGAGCAGGCAUCAGUGGUGAGGAAGAAUUACUGGAGCUCGAAGGCCAGAGGAUGUUAAUGGUGGAGCAUGAUUUUUCUGGGCAAUUGUACACCUGCGUCCUCUCAUUGCCUCUCUGCUCCCAGGCGUGGUUGUGCAAUAACCUUAUUUAUGAGUGAGAGAGGGCUGUUACAAUUGAAUGGGUUUGUAUCCGGGUUAUUCAAUUGGCCCAUGUCCCUCUGUCACUGGGGGACAGGGCGCAGGGAUGCACAUUAAUACUGAGCCAGCGUUUAUUUAUAUACAUUUUUUUUUAAUUUAUUUGUUCGUUUGACCGGCUGUCUUUCCAUUGGUGGCACCUCGAGUUCUCCCACCGAUGCUUCUGUUCAGGAUGUCUUUGUACCUGUCCCCUGCGUAGGUUCUUUGCAGUUGUCCAGUGAUUCAGAUGGCUGGUUGGUUGCACCAAUCAGUGAGCGAAUUCAGCGUAAAGUCACUGUUUACUCAAGAAAGGCAUUUGCUUCCCUCUAAUGUUCUCUGUGCUUAGAUUGCAUUGUGAGGGAGAGUGGCUUGUCUUACUACCCAUUCCUCUGGGUGUUUAAUACUUGAGCAGGACUGAACUGUGAAACUGGUUUUAAAUGCACACCAAGGGUGCUGAGGUGUUACGUGUUAACAUCAAACCCUAGGUAUAUUUGUUCUUUACAUACGUAAAACAGCAACAUCAGUGCAUCAAAAUAAGCAACCCUGGGAGGCAACUCCUGUGGGGCGCUGGGAUUGCUACACAGUGGGGUAGUCUGGAGAGUUGCUGGGGCAGGAUGGGUGGCAGCCAUCCAUGGAGUGACAUCCUGAGGAGAAGGGAGAAAGCUGCUUCUUUGGAUUGUUGACCGCCAUUUGAAAUCAUUGCUUUGAUGAGCCACUGAUUUAAUAGAGGACCCUACCCAUCACCACGGUGCAGGUAAUGUUACCAGGUGGGGCAAGGGCACUACCAGUAUGUGGGAAUAUUUAGGUCACAUGCAAUGUUUGUGUUUUUACAAGAUGUCUUCUGCAGGUUAAUUUGAAGAGCUCUGAACUGGGCCCCGAGAAUACCACCUCAAAACUAGUUCCUGUGAGAUUCUUGGGAGUUCAGACAAUUUUAGUAUCUCAGACCAGGGACCAGCUGUCUUAAAGCUUUUUUUUAUAUCCUUGCAUCUUUUAUUAUUCAAAAACACUGCAAAUCAGGUAAUGGGCAAAGGUCAUUCACCUAAUAACUAUUUGUUUUCCCUGGAGCUUUGCAUUCAACUCUAUAUCGCCAGCCUUCACCUUUAAAUGUGUUUUAAAUAUAAGCAGUUUUAUUCUGA